UGGCAGCAGCAGCAGUUCGCUCUUCCAGCACAAGCGGGAGCAGGAGCUGGCUGGGUUAUGGCUGGAUGCAGUUUCUGCGGGACUAAGUGCUUGGAGGGAAGAAUGCUGCUGUUUUUCCUUUUGAGCACCUUUCCACCAUUCCUGUUAACAGCAAAAAUGUCCCCACUGAUAGAAAAAAUUAGUGAUCAGAAGGACUUCAAGAAGCUCCUGAGAACCAGGAAUAACGUUUUGGUACUAUAUUCCAAAUCUUCGGCUGCUGCUGAAAGUUCUCUCAGUUUGUUAUCUGACGUAGCACAAGCAGUGAAGGGCAGAGGUACAAUAUCAUGGAUAGAUUGCAGUGAUUCAGAGAGUCGAAAACUAUGCAAGAAGAUGAAAGUUGACCCUAGUUUGAAGGAGAAAGGUAUAGAAUUACUACAUUACAAAGAUGGAACAUUUCACACUGAAUAUAACAGAGCACUCACACUGAAGCCUUUUGUUUUAGGGUGCGGAGUUUGCAAAAGAAUGAUGCUAUCAUUCCAGCAGGCAGCCACAGAACUGAAGGGCAUGUAUGUCCUUGCAGGGAUGAAUAUCUACUCAUCUGAAUUCGAAAAAAUAAAGGAAGAAUACAACAUUCGGGGAUAUCCAACCAUCUGCUACUUUGAAAAAGGAAAAUUACUCUUCAACUUUGAGAAUUACAGCGCUACAGCAAAGGACAUAGCUGAAUGGCUGAAAAAUCCUCAGCCACCUAAACCACAGGCACCAGAAGCUCCCUGGUCAGAAGAAGAUAAUCCUGUUUAUCACCUAAUGGAUGAUGACUUUGACAAGUUUAUGAAGGAGCAUCCUUCUGUAUUAGUGAUGUUCUAUGCACCAUGGUGCGGGCACUGUAAGAAGAUGAAGCCAGAAUAUGAGAAGGCAGCCGAGAUGCUCCACGCUGACAGUGAUAGAACAGGCGUCCUGGCAGCCGUAGAUGCUACUGUCAACAAAGCUGUGGCAGAAAGGUUUCACAUAUCAGGAUUUCCAACGCUCAAGUACUUCCAGGACGGCGAGGAAAAAUAUACUCUUCCACACCUUCGAACAAGCAGUAAAAUUGUAGAAUGGCUCCAAAACCCUCAGGCACCACCCCCUCCGGAACCAACUUGGGAAGAAAAGCAAACAAGUGUUAUCCACCUUGCUGGUGAAGACUUCAGGGAAUUUUUGAAGAAGAAGAGACACGCCCUUGUCAUGUUCUAUGCCCCAUGGUGCCCACACUGUAAAAACUCCAUUCCACAUUUCACCACUGCCGCAGAACUCUUCAAAGAAGAGCGAAAGAUUGCCUAUGCUGCAGUGGACUGUGCCAAAGAACAGAACCAUGACCUUUGUAAGCAGGAAGGUGUGGAUGGUUACCCAACCUUUAAUUAUUACAACUAUGGGAGAUUUAUAGAAAAAUAUAAUGGAGAGAGAGCGGAGUCCGGAUUCUCCACUUUCAUGCGAACACUCCGAGAAAGAGACCAUGAAAGGAUAGGCAAGAGGAAAGACGAGUUGUAAUUUCUGCCUCAAAGGAUAAGUUCCACUGCACUGUGAAUAGUCUCAGGGCCACUGGUACAAUGCCUGAGAUUUCACAUCUUUUGAAAAAAGACUUUUUUAUAUAGAGCCAUUCCCGUUUUCUACCAUUUUGAAAUAAAGUGAAAUCAUUUGAUUUUUAAAGAAAAAUAAAUGACAUCAUUGUUGCCAUAUUCUAUGGGAAACAAAACAAAAAAAGAGCAUUUCCUCUCCAUGUUAUGCACCUAUGCCCAUUGAUUUUCCUAUGCAAUCUUUUUGUAAUCUGUAGGUUUGAUAGUGAUUUCUGUUGACAAGGUAAUUUCCGCAUUUUGAAUUUUUGACGAGUAUUCUAUGUGAAAUGGUUUUGGAGAGGAACAAACUGGGGGGCUUUCAAAGUAAAAUGCAAAGGACACCAUCCACCAGGGACAAGUUCCUCUUAAAUUAAUGUACCAUUGUGAAAAAGCAUUGUGGACUCUGUGGACUCUACCUAAAGCCUCUUCAGGUGCAACUAUGAAUUCCACAGUGCUUAUUUCGGGAACCAGAUGUGCUUGUGAGGUGUACUUUUGAUCUGUAUAGUCCACACAUAUGGGUAAGUGUCAGUCAGCAUUUGACCCUCCUUCCUCUGGCCUGACUCUGUGUGCCUGACAGACAUCUGCAGAGAUAAAGAAGCAAGAGCAGUCCCACGAUGGUCACAUAGAAGCACUAGGAACUUGCUUUCCCCACCCCAACCCCCACCCCCGUUCCCCCUCUCACACACAAAGAGGACAUAUGUUUCCAGUGGUACUUGUCAGAAUGGCACUGGGAGCAUGAGUAAUUGCAACUAGGACAUGCCCCGUACAGUUUUACAAAAAAGGUUGCACCUUCUUUUUUACUUUUUAGAGAGAUUUGGGAACUAAUUUUAAGGUGCUCAGGGAUAUAGUUAAUGAGAAAGAGUUAAUAGGGAAAGAGUUAAUGAAGAAGCAUAGGCCAUUUCAGAUCUUAAUUGACUAUAAUGGUGUCUUUUUUCUUUUUUUGGUAAUCUGCCGUACCUGAACUGUUUACAUAUCUUUAUAGAAUGUAUGGGUUAUUUCAAACACAUGUCUUUUAAGGCUGGCACAUAUCAAGCGCCAAAUGAAUCUCAGUGUCUGUGUUUGCGUUCAUGUUGUCAAAUGCUCCUGUAAACAUAGGGGUAGGUAGUGCAGGUGUAAGGUUCUUAAUUUAUGAUCAGACCAUAUGAAAAAUGCAUAUUUGCUAAACACACUGUUUGAUUGUAUGUUUGACAGAGGCAUUGAUAUUUUUGAUAUAAACAAACCAUCAUGCAACAAUCCUUGUUUACGUUCCAAAGGCUUGUCCCUGUGUGUUAAAUACAAAGAAGAUAUACAUUUUUUAGAAUUCUAUAGAAACAGGUUGUGCUUUGAAAAAUAAUUGUUUAGCCAAGUCAGCUGUGUAAGAAAAUACAGCAUUACUAGGACUAGCUUUUACAAGUGCGUAACAAUGUGCCGAUUCUGUGAGGUGAGGGUGAUUUGGACAUUGUAUCUUCACAGGGUUUGUUAUAUUUUUCGUGAUUUUUCCAAUUUGAUCAAAAAGAAUAAAAUAUUGAAAAUACUGUUUAA